UCUCAGGAGUAGGUGGCCGAGUUUGGCCUGGAUCCGUGAGCUAGCUCCUCGCGGUGGCGGUGCGGAAGCCCCUUACUGUGGCUGUGGUUGCCCUGCCUCACGCCCGCGGACCUUAGAGAGGCCUUAACCUGACCCCGCGGAAGGCCGCAGCAGGCCACGGUAGCAUCGACUCGGCCCUCGGCGCUCCUGGGGAAAGGGGGACGCGGGAGCAGCUCAGCCUCCCGGACCUCCCUCCCUGCCUCCUAGUGAGGACGAAAAGCUCCUUUGGCAUUUUGGUUCACCGAGUGACCUUGAGCUCAGGCCGACGCCUAGCUUGUAGUUCCUGGCUGCACUUGGCUGUUCAGGAAUUUUGUGAGAAUUGCAGUAUGUGGAACACUGUUUGUGUUCCAACCAGUGAAUAUCCAAAGAACUCAGCAUAAUACCAGGACCAAAAUAUUGCAUGUCAGUCAGUCAGCCAUACACUUAAGGACUCCUAAAAUCUCAUGGACUUCUAAAGAAGCGCCAUGGCCUGUGCUGCUGUCGGGGUUCCUGGCUUGUUUCGAGGUUCUGUUGGAGCCAUCUGCACUCAGGCUGCUUUGUUGAGGUUGACACCCAGUGCUUUGCGCCAUCUUACUCUAAGCAGCAUAAUGAAAUCCAAAAGGAAAACUGAUCACUUGGAGAGAACAGCAGAUGUCGUGCGACGGGAGGUCGUGUCAGCAGCUAAGGUGUGUGGAGCUGCCUAUGAGUCGCCGUCCGUGAAGAGGCUCCGCCUGCUUGUUGCUGAUAAAGAUUUUUCCUUUAAAGCUGGCCAGUGGGUCGAUUUCUUUAUCCCAGGAGUCUCUGUGGUUGGUGGUUUCUCAAUAUGCUCCAGCCCCAGACUGCUAGAACAAGAGAGAAUGAUAGAUUUGGCAGUGAAAUAUACAAAUCACCCUCCUGCCCUCUGGAUUCACAAUCAGUGUACACUUGACUCUGAAGUGGCCGUGAGAGUGGGUGGAGAGUUCUUCUUUGACCCGCAGCCUGCAGACACCUCUAGAAACCUCGUGUUGAUUGCAGGGGGCGUUGGAAUUAACCCUCUGCUUUCCAUCCUACAACACUCGGCAGAUCUCCACAGAGCACAGGCAGACAAAGGAAGUGGAUAUGCGAUGGGAACAGUGAAACUCUUCUGCAGUGCAAAAAAUACCAGCGAACUCCUGUUUAAGAAGAAUAUCCUCGAUUUAGUAAAUGAAUUUCCUGAGAAGAUUGCAUGCAGUUUGCAUGUUACCAAGCAGACUACACAAAUCAGUGCAGAACUCAAGCCAUACAUCACGGAAGGAAGAAUAACGGAGAAGGAGAUAAGAGAUCAUAUUUCAAAAGAGACUUUGUUCUAUAUUUGUGGCCCACCUCCGAUGACAGACUUUUUCUCCAAGCAACUGGAAAACAGCCAUGUUCCCAAAGAACACAUUUGCUUUGAGAAGUGGUGGUAGGGAGUGGGCACAGACAGAAAGGAGAAAGCUGUGAGAUCUGCUGAGACAGUAACAGAUGUUGUGUUGUAGGAUUUGUGGCAAGAUGAACUUACCUCUGCUAAGGCUUAUUUUUUAAGGCUGUGAACUAAGUGACCAGCUGGAGAAUAAAGAAGAGCCAGUGACAGACUUAAAUGAUAAACUUUUUGCAAAGACUUCAUUGAUUAAACUCUUUUUUACUAUAUUGACUUUCUUUUAUUAAUAACUAUUUGAUUUUCUCAUGAUGUACUUUGAAUUGGUCAAUAUAGAUUUUCUUUCCCCUUAGGGAGAAAAAGGACAUAUAUUUACAUUUAAUCUUAUGAAAAUGUGGUUUUUCCUGUGAAAAGUGGGCUAUCGUUAAAUUAUUUGACAGGAACUAUAUAUCUUACAUUCA